AUGCAGUCGACAGUGGAAAAGGAGUUUGCUCAAUAUGAUCAGCACAAUCUCUGGCUACCGAUAUAUCAGGAAGUCAAAAAUGAGGCUGCUGAACGAGCCAUUGAUGAAGACUUCUCCACUUCAGAGGCCAAGAAACCGGUGAACCGUAACAAAAACCGGUAUCGAGAUGUCAGUCCUUAUGAUCACAGUCGAGUUGUUCUUCACCGUGGAGAGACAGAUUACAUCAACGCCAGUCUUAUAGAAGUAACAGAGGCAAAUCGACACUACAUACUUGCUCAGGGUCCCUUAGAACACACGUCCGGCCAUUUCUGGCAGAUGGUUUGGGAACACAAAUCCAAAGCUGUUAUAAUGCUCAACAAACUAGUUGAAAAUGGAUAUAAAAAGUGUCACCCUUACUACCCUCAAAGUGGGUUAGAAGAGGAGAUUGAAUACGAGGAUGUUGGGCUCAAGGUGUUGCUGUUAGACGAGUCGUAUCUCAACUAUUACACUGUACGGAAGAUAGAACUGGAAGAUAUGGAGUCUGGAGAUACCAGAGAGGUGCUUCAUUAUAACUACAUUACAUGGCCGGAUUUCGGUGUACCAUCUUCACCGCAUGUCUUCCUCAACUUCCUGAUGGUGGUACGGGAAACAGGAGCUCUAGAUGCUGAUGUGGGUCCACCCGUAGUCCACUGUAGUGCUGGCAUCGGCCGCUCCGGCACAUUUUGUCUCGUCGACAGUUGCUUAGUCAUUGUAGAGAAGAAUCAGGAUCUAAAUGCAGUGGACUUACGACAGCUAUUGCUCAAGAUGCGGACUUGUAGAAUGGGUCUUAUCCAGACUCCAGACCAACUUCGUUUUUCAUACCUGGCCAUCAUCGAGGGUGGUCACCGAAUCCUUGCCAAUGAAGAUUCCACUCUGUCAGUCCUUGAGGGAUAUAUGCAGGAGCCUAGUAAAGAAGCAAUGCCUCCCGCACCCCCAACAAGGACCACAAGUUUGUCCCCCUCCCAUGGACAUGCUGGUAGGGCACCUCCACCACUCCCACCACGCACAGGGCUUCCAACGAUAAAGGCUGAUGGAAUUGAUAGAUCAGCAGACUUUGAAAUGUCGGAUUCAGACUCGCUCAUUGACGAGGAUGAUGAUGACAAUGAAGAAUUUAAUCUGUCAGAAAGUGAAGCUGAUGAUGAGGAUGACUUUAUGGAUAUGAAGGAAAUACUGAAGAAUAAAAAAGAGGAUAGAGUGAACGGUUUAGAGGAAGAAAUUCGGACAGAACCUCCCCAUGAGGAGAAAAUCCCAUAUGUUGAGGAGCAGAAUAAUACUAGUGGUUACGAGAUAAGACGGAGAAAUAGAGAAGAGAGGGCAAAGAAGACGCGCGAUCAGGUCGAUAGGAUGCGACAAAAACAGAGAGACAAUGAAAUGUGGAAAAAUCGGAGGUCUUACCUCCAGCCAGUUGCUAUAGGGCUUUCAAUCCUCCUAGGGGGACUGCUAUUAUAUCGUUAUUACUGGUCUACAUACUGAUCGUAUAGAAAUAUUUUUAUAUUGUUAUCAAAAUCUGUGUUAACUGUCCAACAUGGGCUCGACAAGGAAAGUAGGAUAUUUCAGGACUGUUGAAUUGACUCGAUCUUGGAAAAGAGGUUUGGA